AUGAUGAAGCACUCGGCAGAGAACUUCAGGAUCAAGGGCUUUGACGGGGGCGACGCUGUCGACCUGAUCUCACUGCUCACGGAAGAGUGGGACGUGCUCACCCCGACAGCUCUGGGAGGAGUCAUAAACAAUUUUUCUUCUUCUCCUAGGGACAAUGCUGAUGCCAUCAAAGCAAAGUACAUCAUCGAGGCUGCUAACCACCCAACAGACCCUGAGGCCGACGAGAUUCUGGCAAAGAAGGGCGUGCCGAUCCUACCGGACAUCCUAGCCAACUCCGGUGGAGUGAUGGUGAGCUACUUCGAGUGGGUGCAAAACAUCCAGGGGUUCAUGUGGGAUGAGGAGAAGGUGAAUCGGGAGCUCAAGACAUACAUGACCCACACCUCAAACAUAUUUCUGAUUAUUUAG